GCAGUGCGCGUGAGAGCGAACGCGAACGCGAACGCUCAUGGGCGGGAAACGCAGCACCUGUCACUUUAAGAAGACGCGCUCGCCUCGCGCGGGGAGGCUGGCCGGUGUUUUUCCACUCAUGCUCAUGUCUAAUGGUCACCCAUUUUAAGAGACAAAGGUCAGAAAGAAAGCCUUAUAAAUUAAAUUUACUGCCCAAAUUCAGCAUUUCAGCGCCCCAGCAUCGGCACACACACAGACGACCGAGAGGACCUUCCACCCAGGAAUAAAAAGGAAACCGUCACAGCCCACCCUGUGGUGUACACUAUGGUGACAGAACCCAAAAUAUGCAUUGCACUGAUCUGUUUUGGAGUCUUUGCUCUUCCACUGUCCACAUAAUCAACGCAGUCCAGCAUGGCUCAGAAGGAGAAGCUUCAGUGUUUGAAGGACUUCCACAAGGACACCCUUAAGCCGUCGCCAGGGAAAAGCCCAGGCACCCGUCCCGAGGAUGAAGCAGAGGGCAAGCACCCACUGCGGGAGAAGUGGUCCAGCAAGCUCGACUUUGUCCUUUCCGUCGCGGGGGGCUUUGUCGGUUUAGGGAACGUCUGGCGUUUUCCAUACCUCUGCUAUAAAAAUGGUGGAGGUGCAUUUCUCAUCCCAUAUUUCAUCUUCCUGUUUGGUGGUGGUCUACCUGUGUUUUUCCUGGAGGUAGCUCUUGGCCAGUUCACCUCUGAAGGCGGAAUUACUUGCUGGGAAAAGCUUUGCCCCAUCUUUACUGGUAUCGGCUAUGCAUCUAUUGUGAUCGUCUCCCUACUGAACGUGUACUACAUCGUGAUCCUGGCUUGGGGUCUGUACUACCUGUUCCAGUGUUUUCAGCCUGAACUUCCCUGGGCCAAGUGCAACCAGCCCUGGAACACAGCAAACUGUGUGGAGGACACCGUCCGCAAGAACAAGACCCUCUGGCUGGCGGCCAAUGGCACAAACUUAACUUCGCCCGUGACUGAAUUCUGGGAACGUAACGUCCUCAACAUCUCUGGUGGCAUUGAGGAGAUAGGUCCCAUCAAGUGGGACCUUGCACUGUGUCUGUUGGGUGUCUGGAUCAUCUGCUUCUUCUGCAUCUGGAAGGGAGUAAAGUCAACGGGCAAAGUUGUAUACAUUACAGCAACCUUUCCAUUUGUCAUGCUGUUCAUUCUGCUGAUCCGUGGAGUGACACUACCAGGCGCUGCUGAAGGGAUCAAGUUCUAUCUCUACCCAGAUUUGACCCGCUUGAAAGAUCCUGAGGUGUGGAUUGAUGCAGGAACUCAAAUUUUCUUCUCGUAUGCCAUCUGUCUUGGGGCAAUGACUUCACUGGGGAGCUACAACAAGUACAAAUACAACUGCUAUAGGGACUGUUUGCUGCUGGGAGGCCUGAACAGCGGUACCAGUUUUGUGUCUGGCUUCGCAAUAUUUUCCGUCCUGGGCUUCAUGGCACAAGAGCAAGGGGUGGACAUUGCUGAUGUGGCAGAGUCAGGUCCUGGCUUGGCCUUCAUUGCUUACCCUAAGGCUGUGACUAUGAUGCCAUUGCCUACAUUCUGGGCUAUUCUGUUCUUCAUAAUGCUUCUGCUUUUGGGUCUCGACAGUCAGUUUGUCGAAGUGGAAGGGCAGAUCACAUCCUUGGUCGAUCUGUAUCCAUCCUUCCUAAGGAAGGGUUACCGGCGGGAAAUCUUCAUAUCUAUUUUGUGUUUUAUGAGCUAUGUUUUGGGACUUACCAUGGUUACUAAAGGUGGCAUGUAUGUGUUUCAACUCUUUGACUACUAUGCAGCCAGUGGUGUGUGCCUUUUGUGGGUUGCAUUCUUCGAAUGUAUUGCUGUAGCCUGGGUUUAUGGUGUGGAUAAUUUCUAUGAUGCAAUUGAAGACAUGAUUGGCUACAGACCAAACGCAUGGAUGAAAUGGAGCUGGACUGCAAUCACGCCUGUCCUUUGCAUGGGUUGCUUUAUCUUCUCCUUGGUUAAAUACAAACCACUGACCUACAAUAAGAUCUACGAAUACCCCGACUGGGCCAUCGGUGUUGGCUGGACUCUGGCUCUUGCUUCCAUGAUCUGCAUCCCCAUGGUGGUGGUCAUUAAGAUUAUACAGUCUGAUGGACCACUGAUAGAGCGAAUCAAGGCGGUGGCUGCUCCAGUGAGGGGAGGUGCAAGCUCUAGGCCCCCAGACCAUCACAACAAGGCUAAUGAGUUGUCCUGCCCCCUGGAUCCCAACGGGAACAAUGACCUGAUGAAGCCCACCCACACUAUCGUAGAAACGAUGAUGUGAGCGCUCUCUAUGAGAGGAUUACAAUAACUUGCUUUCCAUGUUAUAUAUUCGCUAACUUUGAAAAUAGUCAUAGGACCAGGUUUACAUGUAUCUGCACUAGGAGUCUUCAUUUUUGUUUUCUACAGAGGAUGUUACAUGUUUUUUUUUCUGUCUGUGUUUUUACAUUUUUUGUUAAAAUAUUGUAAUUAUCAUUAUAAUAACUAUUGCAGUAGCUAGAGGGAGGCUUAAUCUCAGAUGUGGCAGGGACUGAAAAUAGAAUUUUGAUCUUCUAUUUUUACUUCCUUUCUCUGGAUCAGGACUAAGUUGUCUGUGCUUUUAUAUGGGGGUUAAAAAAGGGCCACAAAUGAAGAAAGAACUAUAGAGGCUUUGUAUUUUAGGUAAUGUCUCAAUAUUUUGGUGUAUUAGGAAACUCAGUCCCUCCCCAUUUGAUAUAAUGUCUUUAUGUUGUUGUGGAGGUGCCCUUGUAUGUAUGGUAAGAUUAUUUUCACUCGUUGUUGUUGUGAGACCUAGCUUUAUGUCCACCUGCCAGGCCCCCUGUUUGGGGCUGGAAGGGUACUGUAUUCCAUCACAGUGACUACAAUAACAACCCACCUAGCAAAGAUACUGGCUUGAAGGACACUACUGCUAUCCACCAUGGUGCAUUUGUGUAUUCUUCAAAACUGUACAUUGCACUUUACUCAGUGGGUCUCCCUGAACUCUAAGUGUAUUUGUAAUUUUUGUAUUUAUGGCCGGAAGAACUGGCAAGGCAGUAUGAAGCACACAACAUCACACUAUAGUGAUGAACACUUACUAUGUAUACCUCUCUCCACCUCUCGACUAAACGAAUGGAAGGGACAGGGCCUUCCAGUAAUUGGAAAUAUUUGUUAUAAUGUUUCUUACCAGUUUAAACAGACUGCUAAUUGUCCCUGUAUCAUUUUUGUCAGUGUUUCAAAUUUAUGUAAUUUACUCACAUAUUAAUGGUCCACUCCUCCCUGACUUUCUGCAUUGCCCCAGUGUGCAGCUUCAUUUUAAAUGAUGCAGCUUUUUUAAAAUGAAAGAAUUAACAUUUUAUACUGAAUUUGGGGGUAAGACAAAAAGAAAUUGUAUCAAAGCACAAUUAAAUUUUAUAUGCAAAUACAUGAGCUGCAUUCUUAUUGAAGAAUGUGAGUGCCCUCUUCCACACUUUAACCAAUGAAAACAGUCUCAAUCUUUGUUUUAUAGUACUCCUUUCAAAAAUAUAUAUUUUUUCAGUCACAUUUGCCUUUUUGUAUUCAAAAUAAUCUGCUCUGUCACAAAUUAUUAGUCUUUUCUGAAGGCAGAGUCAACCACUAUAUUUCAUAUUUCAACUUUUAAUCAGCAAGAGCUUAAAAUGUUUAAUGUGCAAUACUUUAUAGGAAAUGGCAAUUUAUAUAUUUUUUCUUUGUUUCUAGUAGGCGGUACUUUUGGAAUUAGAUUAAAAAUCACACUGUAUAACAUAAAUGAAACAAGUUUAUUAGGAGCCAGUUGAAUCUAUUUGGAAUUAGCAAUGCGACAAAACCAGCUAUUUCAAAUCUCCCGGCUGUGUGUUUUGUCAUUGGAAAUAAAAUGAAAAUUACACGUUGUGGUCAUUAAACUCUUUGCUGUAGAUUGAAUUGGCUCCUAAACUGUAAAUACAAUCCAGCCAAAUAUUAGUACAUAUGGGAGGACGUAACUUUAUGGUGCGAAGUCAGAAAAAACUAUGAAAAAACACAUUAAAAGGCCUCAAGUGAGAAAAUCUAAUUUGCGAACAUGUAUGCAGUGCUGUGUACACAGAUGCACCACCUCCCAAAGACCAGGUUGAGAUGCACUUUUGGUUGAGAUGACUCAUUUUGUCAAGCAUCUUCUGUAUGAGCCCUACAUUUAAGAAUGUAAAAUGGGAAAAUGUUUUUAAUUCAUGAACUUU